AGCAGCAGCCGGUCAUCUUUGCCUCGCCGCCGGCGUUCGCCCCGACCAAGCUCCGGUUCCACCAGGGCGCGCUCGACAAAAACGCCGUCACGUACCGCGCGCCGACCGACGUCCUCGCCGACAUCAAGCAGGUCCUGUGGAGCAUGGGCGUCGACAUGUCGAUGGAGGGCGACUACAAGAUCAAGUGCGUGCGCAAGAGUCGCAAGAAGGCGCUCGCGUCGUCGGUCGGCCCAGGCGCCGCUGCGCCCGCCUCGAACGGUUCCGCGCCGACCACCGUCCUCCCGUCGAGCACCGCCCAGGACCGCCGCGGCAGCCUCGUGUCGACGACGUCGAUGACGCAGUCGCCGUCGAUGGGCUUCCGCUCGCUGUUCGGCAAGAAGCCGCACCAGGCCGGCGGCUCGACGACCCCCUCGUCGCCCAACUUUAGCGUGCCGGGCACGCCCUCGGCGCAGGACCCGCACUCGGUCGACCCGCUCUCGUCGCCGAUGACGACGUCCGUGUCGCAGUUCAGCAUGCUGUCGCUGUCGUCGCCGCAGCCGCUGCCCGUGUACGGCGGUGACAAGUCGGCCGACGCCGGCGACGAGGUCCGGUUCGUCGUCGAGCUCACGAGGGUCAAGAACCUCGACCGCCUGUACUGCGUCGACAUGAAGCGCAUGAAGGGCAUGGCCUGGAGCUACAAGCACGUCUACGACCAGCUCCUCGCGUCGCUCGAACUCGGCCCGUCCAUCUAGGCCCGCCGUCGUCCACCUCGUCUCUCUUCCUCUAGCCUCUCCUUGACCUCACUGCACAACUGGUCUCUUUGUCUGCCUCCCUCCCCUCGUCCUUCGUACACCCCUCGCAGCCUCGUCCUCGUUCUGUCCCUUCCCCUCUCCCAGUCUUUGCACUCGCCCUCGUCGUUAGGCCCUCUCUCCUACUCGUUAUACUCGCAGCUAGUUCUCGCCCCUUCCUGUCCUCACCCCGAGUCCGUAUCGUGCCUCGUCCUCGUUCUCUCUUGGCCUCUCGUUUCUCCCUCUAUCUCUCUAUCUCGUACCUUCUCUUGUCAGCCCGUGCAUCGUGAACGCUCGUGCUCUCAGUG